AUGACAGCGAAUGAUCCAGAAUUUUAUUUUGCAAUAGAAGUAGACAGUAGUGGACAAAUGAGGAGUGUAUUCUGGGCUGACGGAAGAUCAAGAGCAUCUUAUUUGCAAUUCAGUGAUGUUAUUGUGUUUGAUGUGACAUACAGAACUAAUAAGUUCGAUCUUCCAUUUGCUCCAUUUACUGGUGCUAUUAUAACAGAUCAGGAUAGAGCAAUGUGUAAUGCUAUUCACUCAGUGUUUCCAAUGACAAGACAUCGUUAUUGCUAUUGGCACAUGCAAAAUCAUAUUAUUGAUCAUUUGCCUACUUUGGUAUCUCGUUAUGGUGAACAGUUUCAAAGGUAUUGGGGCUUGUGGUGCAAUAGUUCUUCAAUUGAACAAUGUGAAGGAUAUUGGGUUGAGAUGAAAGAGAAGUUUGAUAUAAAUGAAGAAGGGGAGGGAUGGUUGCAAACAGUUUACAAAUGCAGAGAACAUUGGGUGCCGUGUUAUCUGAAGGACACUUUUUUUGCUGGAAUGAGAUCAAGCCAAAGGAGUGAAAGUAUUAAUGCAUUUUUUGAUGGGUAUGUUAACUCACAGACUCAGUUACACGAGUUUGUGACACAAUAUGAAAAAGCAGUAACUCAUCGUCGCUUAAGUGAAGCCCAUGAAGAUUUUAAGAGUCUGAACACAAAGCCGGUUAUGCUCCUUGGACAUCCAAUUGAGAUCCAAGCUGGAGAAAUGUAUACACGCAAUAUGUUUGAUGUGUUCCAUACUGAAUUCAAAGGAUUUGGUACAGAGUUCUGUGAAGAAUUGAGAAAAGAUGGGGACAUUGUUGAAUACAAGGUCUGUAAGUUUACAGAUAGAGGAAAAUGGGAGGUGGUUACUUAUGAACAAUCCAGUCAGAUGCAGUUCUGUUGCACUUGUGCUUUGUUUGAAACUAAUGGUGUUGUAUGUAGACAUAUAUUAUCGCUAAUGAUGGCUAGGCAAAUGGAUUCAUUACCCGACCACUACAUCCUACACCAUUGGACCAUACAUGCAAGGCAUCGUAACAUUAGGGUUGGCAACAUCGUAUUUGGAAGAAACAUCACCAGCUGUGAAGAGAAGAUUAAUUUAUUGAAAUCUUGGGCUUUAAGAGCAAAAUCCAAUAAUGUGCUCGAGCUUGCAUUUGCUUCAGAAGAGAAGCUGCAACAACUUGAUGAUGUGCUAACAAAUUUCAUGGAAUCACUUGAAGAAGAAUUUGGAGAAACUCAAGAUCAAAUUAUGGAUAUUCCUCAAUCUUCCGCACCCAUUUCACAUACAAUAGAGAACAUUCCUCAGAUAACAGUUCGUGAUCCUGAUAGACCUGCAAGGACUAAAGGUCGUCCACGCAAUGCUACUAGAAUCCAGUCAGGUUUAGAACAGGCACAAGAAAAGAAAGAAAGGAAGAAACGCAUAUGUAGCAGAUGUGGUGAACUCGGUCAUUAUAGAACUAGCUGUAAAGUUAACAUGCAAAGGUAA